AUGAGCAGCGACCUCACGGCCUCCACCACACCACGGCCCUCAACUUCCUCCUGCGAUCAAACUGGCCCUCCGUCCUGGCCGAGAAGGCCUCCUCCCCGUGGCGCCCUUCACCUCCAUCCUGAACCAGCUGGACGACGCCCUCGCGCAGUACGACCUCGACUCCACCUCCUGCCUCCAGCGCGCCGUCUGCUCCUACGUCGCCUCCUCCGACGCCAGCGUGAGGGAGGGGGACGCAGGAGCCACGGAGAUGAUCGUCUCAGGGCUGCCAGGAGCGAGUGGUUGGAGGUCCUGGUAGGCCAUUCGUCGUUCACACAGGCGGUGCAGAUGGGUCGGUCUGGAGGAAACUGUCAGCUGCAGUAUCCUAAGUGCCCGUUUUCCCUUGGCGGUGUCCUGAGGUUCCUCUCCACGUAUGCCACGCUCACCAGCUGAGGAAGGGCGUGUAGAAGAGGAUUGAAGGAAGAUUAGAAUAAGGUGGAAGAGAGGAGGAGAAAGAGGAG